AUGAUGUCUGUGGGAACAUUCCGAGCAACCUACCUGGUUGCGUUGAGCUGCAUUGGAUCCUUCCUCUUCGCCUACGAUACCGGAAUCGUCGGCGGUGUUCUCACCCUCGAAUCCUUCACCCGAGACUUAAGCGUGUCUUCUCACGAUUCAGCGAAUGUCAGCUCACUUUCGGCCAGUCUGCUUCAAGCGGGAGCUUUCUUCUCGUGCUUCUUCGUCUGGCCCAUCACGGCAAGAUACGGUCGUCGACUCGCCAUUGUGCUCGCCGCUCUCAUUUUCGAUGUCGGUGCCAUUCUUCAGCUCUUCCCCAACGGUGGUGUCGCUACCUGGUAUGCUGGCCGUGUCAUUGCGGGCGUGGGCAUCGGCAUCGCCACUGUCAUAGUCCCCCUCUAUACGGCCGAAAUGGCCCCAAAGAGCAUUCGUGGUCAGCUAGGUAGCAUGUUCCAGUUCUUCUUCACCCUUGGCGUUAUGACAUCCUACUGGGUCGACUACGGCGUGUCUAAGAUGUCGUCUUCGACCAAGCAGUGGCGCAUCCCGGUGGGCUUGCAGCUCAUUCCAGGCGGCGCCCUUUGUAUGGGUAUGCUGCUUGUCAAGGAGUCCACCAGAUGGCUGGCCAAGAAGGGCCGUCACGACGAAGCCAUGGCCUCCCUUAUUUGGGUCCGUGGAGGCGAUUCCCCCGAGACCCACGAAGAAAUGGCCGAGAUUCUGGCUGGUAUUCGAGAGGAAGAGCUUCAAACCGAGGGACUUACGUGGAAGGAGUAUUUGCUUCCUGCCAACCGCUUUCGCCUGUUCGUUGUCAUCACUCUGCAAAUCGGUGUGCAACUCACUGGCAACACUUCUCUCGCGUACUUCUCGCCUCAGGUGUUCAAGUCCGUCGGUGCCGGAAGCAAUGCCCUCUUCUUCAGUGGCUUCUUCGGCGUUGCCAAGGUCAUUGCAUGCUUCGUAUUCUUGUCUUUCUUGGUCGAGAGAAUUGGCCGCAAGGGAGCCCUGGCCGUCGGAGCCGCUCUGAUGGGUGCCUUAUUCCUCAUAGUGGCUGUCUUGACAGUCAUCCACCCGCCUAAUCCCAAUGGAGGCCUCAGCAGCACGUCUGUUGCUUCUCUUGUCAUGAUCUAUCUCGAAGCCAUGGUGUACAAUAUGUCCUGGGGUCCGGUGCCUUGGCUCUACACGGCUGAGAUUUUCCCCAACCGUAUUCGCGAAGGUGGCGUGGCCAUGGGUACGGCCACACAGUGGUUGUUCAAUUUUGUCUUCUCCCAGAUUACGCCUCAUGCCGUCAACAACCUCAAAUGGAGGACAUUUUUGAUGUUUGCUAUCUUCAACUGGGCACUUGUGGUAUACGUAUGGUUCUUCAUCAAAGAGACUAAGGGCAGGUCUCUCGAAGAGAUGGAGCUCAUCUUCAACGCCCGGCAUACUCAGCUUGACCUUGAAGAGGCCUACCACAAGACUGGCCAGACUGUCAAACACGUCGAGAAUGAGGAAGUCAAGGACAAUGCUGGUAAAAAAGCUUGA